CCCAACUUUGGGUUGGGGAUACAGUCAUGUCGUGUUGUGCCCCGGAGUCUAUCAAAGACAUCCGCCCAAAAAAAAAAAAAAAAAUCCAUUCAGACCCCUGUCCUCUGUCCCUGCUUCUUCCUUGGGAAUGUUUCCCACAGAACACGCCCCUCCUUUUCCAGCUAUGCUCUCUCGGAGUUAUCUUCCAGAAGACCCUUGCCAUUCGCGGUGUCUCGUGUAUAAGGAGACACGAUCCCGGCCAACGAUUUCCACAGUCGCCCGUCUGAGUUUCUCUUUCGUCUCGUUCUUCUUCUCCCGUCCUUACGAGGUAGUAAGGUUCCUUCCUUAUAUCCGUGCUGCUUAGGAUCAGACGGUCUCCUGACUAUCACUUUUUCAAAUCUCUUGAACCAAUAUACCCACAUAGUGAUACCCGGCCUUUGACGUCGUCAUGGCUCCAAACAUCGGCAUAAGCACUCGCACCGCCGAGCUCGAGGUAGCUCAGGCUGAGGCACCCAGGUUUGAACAUGUCGUCUGGUACAAGGAGCCGCAUUUGCGCAAGUUGUACGUUUGCGCAGCUGUUCUUAUGGUUGCCUCGGCCACAACUGGUUACGACGGAAGUCUGCUCAACGUCUCGCAGCAGAUCGACGAAUGGAAGGAAUUUUUCGACGUUGCUAUCAAGGAUGACAACAAACUUGGUAUCCUGAUCAACAUGUUCAACAUUGGUUCCAUUAUCUCCUUUUUCAUCACCCCGUAUGUCGCCGAUACCUAUGGCCGAAGGACCGCCAUCGCCUCUGGCUGUGCGCUCAUGGUAGCCGGAGGUUGCGUGACUGCCUUUGCAAAUGGAUACGAGAUGUACCUGGGUGGUCGUUUCAUCCUAGGUUUCGGUAACUCCCUCGCCCAGAUGUCCUCGCCCCUGCUUCUUACCGAGAUCUGCCACCCGCAGCACCGUGGUCCCGUCACUGCCAUCUACAACUGUCUUUGGAACCUGGGAGCUCUCCUGGUCGCCACCAUUGGUGCCGGUACUGCUCAAAUCAGCAACGACUGGUCAUGGCGAUCAAUCACCUUCCUCCAGAUUGCGCCCUCCGUCAUCCAGCUUUUGGUUAUCUGGUGGAUCCCUGAGUCGCCUCGUUAUCUGGUCAACAAGGACCGCAACGAGGAGGCCUUGAACGUCCUCGCCAAGUGGCACGCUGGCGGCGACAUCAACAACGCCACCGUCCAGUUCGAGUACCGCGAGAUCCGAGAUGUCAUCAACGCCGAGAAGAAUGCCGACAAGGCCACGAGCUACAUGGACUUUUUCCGCACUAAAGGCAACCGCUGGCGAUUGGCAAUCAUCAUUUCGCUUGGUGUCAUCUCCCAAUACUCUGGCAAUGCCAUCUUGUCCAACUACGUCGACAUUGUUUACGAGGGUGCUGGUAUCAAGGACCAGAACACCAAGCUUGCCAUCUCUUGCGGAAAGACCGUCUUUGAUCUCAUUGUCACCAUCACUGCUGCGUUGAACGUCGACAGGUUUGGACGUCGCCCACUGUUCCUUGUCUCUGUGUUCGGUAUGGUCGGCUCUUUCGCUUGCUGGACCAUCACCGGAGCCGUCUACGAGAACUCGGGCGAGACCAACGCCGGCGCUGGCUACGCACAGAUUGUCUUCAUCUGGAUCUUUGGUGCUUUCUACGGCAUUGGAUUCUCAGGUCUUCUGGUCGCUUACGCUCUUGAGGUCCUUCCCUUCCACCUUCGUGCCAAGGGUAUGAUGAUCAUGAACAUUACCGUGCAGGCUAUACUGGCUCUUGGAAACCAAACCAACAAGCUCGCCUGGAACAACAUGCCCAACCACUGGAACUUCAUGUUGUUCUACACCCUCUGGGAUACCGUCGAGCUUGUGUUCGUCUGGUUCUUCUACGUCGAGACCCGGGGCCCGACCCUGGAGGAGAUCGCCAAGAUCUUCGACGGCGACCAAGCGAUCCCCCACACCGACCUGCACCAGAUCGAGAAGGAGAUUCAUACGGCAGAGCACGAGGACGAGCUCGUGCGGGCCGAGUCGAGGAAGGCAGCCAACUAAAAGGAUGUCGCCUCCUUGGUUAUAUCAAUCCUGUCGACUGCGUUCAGUUCUCUUGCUUCCAUGUUCACUGACGUGUUUUUCUACGCGCCGGUACUCCAUCAUACCAUCUUAUUUGUUUUUCUUUUGGCUUGCAAACCCUUUCGAAGAAAUAAAGAGGGAUGGAUAACAACCCCAAAUUUGAUACCAAAUCGAGGCUUUGUUCUCUGCUCUCGGCUAAAGUUGACACCUUUUUUUCUUGGAAAGGGAUAAAAAGGUGUGGGACGAUGUCGACCUUGUUCAUAGUCUCACUUUGUCGCUUGAGUCCUGCACUACUCUCAUCGGCAAAAGAGACAUUUGUACCUGUGUCUCGGCUGAGCUGGCGUGCAGUCUGGGGGCAUUCGAGGCGGGCAUCAUAUCAAGCCACGAUCGUUAUGACAAAACUUGCCUUCUUAUUUAAUACCAAUUUUUCUUUUCAUUCUUCUCACGUACAU